AUUCAUAUCCGCAAUCUUUUCUUUCAGGCGCUGCAUGGUCAGCUUCACCAAACAGAAACAUUUGGGGUCCUUUUACUGCACAUGUGCGUCUACUGCUCCGCCAGCGUGAGAGGAAACCAUGCCCAAGUCAAAGAGAGACAAGAAAAUUUCCUUAACAAAAACGACGAAGAAAGGAUUGGAGCUUAAGCAAAAAUUAAUAGAACAGUUCAGAAAAUGCGUGGACACCUACAGAAACCUGUUCAUAUUCUCUGUGGCUAACAUGAGGAAUAACAAGCUGAAAGACGUCAGGACAGCAUGGAAACACAGCAGAUUCUUCUUUGGUAAAAAUAAAGUCAUGAUGGUUGCCUUGGGUAAAGGACAAACAGAUGAAUACAAAGAUAAUUUGCACAAGGUCAGCAAGUAUCUACGCGGAGAAGUAGGUGUACUAUUUACAAAUAAGACAAAGGAUGAAGUACAGGAGUAUUUUGAUCAUUUCAAAGAGAUGGAUUAUGCACGAGCGGGCAACAAAGCACAGAUGGACAUAACUCUGGAUGAGGGACCCCUGGAACAGUUCACUCACUCAAUGGAGCCACAGUUGAGACAACUGGGACUCCCCACUGCUCUAAAGAAAGGAGUGAUAACUUUGACAAAGGACUACGAAGUCUGUAAGGAGGGGGACGUUUUAACUCCUGAGCAGGCUCGUAUUCUGAAACUUUUUGGUAUCGAGAUGGCAGAAUUCAAGGUGCAGAUCAAAUGUAUGUGGAACUCUGAAACAGGCGAGUUUCAGAACUUUGCUGGUGAAGAGUCUAUGCAGUGCAGUGAGGAGGAGGAGGAGGAUGAUGAUGAUGAUGCAGAAUAAAGCUUCUGCAACAUCUCUUUGAAUGUCAGUUCUCCAGAACAGGGGGGCAUUGGUGGAUUAUUUGUGACUGCUGUUUCACCACUGGAGUUUGUUUCUUCCAACAUUUCUUUCAGUCUAAAUAAUCAACCUGUGUCCUUCACCUUGAAUUUUGGACUGAACUCUUUGGUAAACACCGGGACUGGAGUAUACACUCAACAAUCUUUGCUCUGCUUGUUUCAACAAGAUUUCUCAAUGAGAGAAAGUAUUGUAUUACAUUCAAGUCUGUCAUCAUCCAAGAAAAGUACCCGCUGUCUCAUGUGUCGUUGAUGUAUUUUAUGUGUAAGAAAAACAUUGAAAGAAAUGUUUGUUUUUCUUUUUUCAUUGAUAAAAGUUUAAUAGAUUCAG